GGGCGUGCUGCCGGGCGGCUGCGGGGUGCGGGGCGGGGCGCGGGGUGCGGAGCAGAGUGCGGAGCGCGGCGCGGGCGCGGUGGCCCCGCGGAGGGGAGGGGAGCGGAGCGGCCGCGGGAACCCCCUGUCCGUCGGCGCUGCCAGCCCCCCCGAGCUGUGCUUUGCAGCCCAGCCCGCUCCCGCUGCCAGCCCGGCGCUCGGGCUCGUCCUGCCGGCGGCUCUGCCGGAGGUUGCCCCUUCCCCGGGCUCCCCAGUGCGUUAUUAGACCCUCGCUGCCGGCCGGAUCACUAGGAACUCCCUCGCUGCCCUAUUUUUUCUGCCAAGACCGUGUUCCAGAUUUCCUGUGGUAGCAUCUUCAGGGACCUCCGUGGAAAAGUGAAGACCCGGCCCUGGGGCCAGAGGUCGGGGAGCGGGAGGUUGGUGGUGCUGGCCUGCUGGCACGGCGCUGGGCUCCGCGGGCCCGUGGGUCACACACCGAUCAGCAAAGGGUGAAAGCUUGCCAGCUGGUCAGCAUGUUUAGGAGAGAUUUGAGACCUGAUUCUUGGUUCUUCAGCUUUCUGGUCGGUAGUCUGUCCAGGAGUCUCUUUGCCUUUGCAGCCCUUGCCAAGAAUCAGACUUCUAAAGGUUUUGCUCCUGUCACAAUUGAGACCUCAAGACACAUGUACGAAUAUGUGGCCACUGCUUUGGACUGGUGGCAUGCAGACAGAUACUGUGAACACCACUUUGCUCAAUUGCUGUUUGAACCCCAGGACAGUGAGCAAGCUUCCUUUAGCAAACUGCUGCAGUCCCACCACAUCAGAGGCUCUGUCUGGCUAAACGAAAGGGAUGGUGUCCUGCACAAACUGAAAUGGAGACGGGACCACAUUGUACCAGUCCUGGUGUUCGGAGACAAAACAGACACAAAAUACGUGAAGGUGCUCUCUGACUUCCCAGCACUGCCUGCUGUCACAGCCUGCGCCCACCUGCAGUGGGACACCAGGACCCAGGAGAUCGCUACCAUCUUCUCCUAUGCUGUGCCAGCUUUUAUUAAUGAGUUCCAGCUCCGUGGCUUUGUCGACGAGGAAGGCUUUGUUCGAUUUGCUCUCAUAGUCCACGGGCACCAUUCCCCAUACCUGCCCAUGUUCCGUGCUGAUGGACAGUGGCAUCACUUCUGUGUGACCUGGCAGCAGGAAAACGGGACCUGGGCCAUCUAUGCCGACGGUAAAAGGAGGGCAUCAGCCAGCGGUUUGUGUGCUGUGGGGCCCUCUGCCCCCCAGGCCAUCUAUGGCCAGGGGACUUUCAUCAUUGGGCAGGAUCAAGAUUCGCUGGGGGGCACCUUCAGGGAGAAAGAGUCCUUCAGUGGGAACAUCACCGACUUGCACAUCUGGCAGAGAGUCCUCAGCGCGGAGCAGAUUGAGAAAAUUCGGUCAUGUUGGGUGGUAGAGCAAGACCUUGUAUUUGGGUGGAGCUCCAAUGCUCUGGAGGUUGAAAGCACUGUUCAGGAAGUGACUGCACAGUUUCUUUGCCCAGGGCCUGUUGAGGAAUGCCGAGUUUUUGAAGUUGGCAGCAAUGGAUUCAGUUACGCAUCUUGUUUGCAGUCUUUGCCUUUCAUCUGUCGCUACAGAAAGGAUGCAUACUGGCAACUGAAAAAAGCUCAGCUGGAAUCCAGCCAUUCGCUUACCAGCCGUGUGAACACACUUGCAGAGAGGACUGUGAUUCCUGAGAACGUCUUCACAAGUGAUGUCCAAGACAUGAACCUCUCUGUUGCUCUUGGUGCUCUUGAUGUCUUGGCAACUGUUCUGAGGGAAGGAGAGACACCUGUGCUGGAGUCAUCUGACCUCCUUACGGUGCUUCAAUUACUAAAGCAAGUUUCUGAUGUGGAAGUCCAGGAGGGAGAGGAGCUGGAGAUGUUGGAGCAGUUGGGCCAGUAUUACGUGGAAGUGACCGAGUUAAUCUUGGAAGAGCAGAAUGUUGAAACAUGGUCAUCAGUCAGCCAGGUUAUCGGAGGGCCCAUGACUGUUGUUGAGCUCUGCGACAGAAUGGUGUCACACUUAGCCCCACUGCUGACCGCAGGGAGGACGAAGAUCACAGUCCAGCACAAGAGUGUCGGGAUGGAGGUCAGGAAGCUGGAGCUGAGCAGGCAGGAGCUAAGCAGUGAGGCGUACCUGGUCCAGAGCCCUGAGAAAGGCAGGCACGACCUCAUUGAAGUUCCUGCAGAAGAAAUGCAAAGACUGAAAGCCAGAGGCCUCCGCAGAGUCACGAUGAAAAACAUGUGGUUUGGCUAUGGCUCCCUGCAGCGAUGCCUGUCCAGCGCUGGCAGCAGUGCUGUCUUCCAGGACACGACUGCUUCUGAUGGAGGGCAGAAGUACCUGAGCACCACGGUGGGCACUGCUGUGAUCUCAUCCGCUCUGCUCAGCGACUACCAGGAGAUUAGCACCUCUGUGCACUACCGCCUGCAGCACCGCGUCCAGGACAUACCCAAUAAGCUGGUGGGGCCCAUCUGCGCCUUCUGGAACUUCAGCCUCAGCUCAGAUGCUGGUGGGAUGUGGUCCACAGCUGGCUGCUCUGUGGUGACAUCUCUCCUGGAUUCCACUGCCUGUUUUUGCAACCACACCACGAAUUUUGCUGUCCUGCUGCAGGUGUACGAGAUGCAGCAGAGGACCACCAAGGAGGAGCUCACACUGCAGACUUUGACUUUUAUUGGAUGUGGAGUUUCCUUCUGUGCCUUGAUAGUUACCUUCAUUUUAUUCUUGGCAGUUGGUGUCCCCAAGAGUGAACGAACAACCGUGCACAAGAACCUGAUCUUUGCGCUAGCUGCAGCAGAAGCUCUGCUCAUGUUCAGCGAACUGGCCAAGACCAACCAGGUGGUGUGUUUCAUGGUCACUGCCUGCCUUCAUCUCUUCUUCAUGGCAGCCUUUUCGUGGAUGCUGGUAGAGGGGCUUCUCCUGUGGAGCAAAGUGGUAGCAGUCAACAUGAGUGAAGACAGGAGAAUGAAGUUCUACUAUGUGACAGGCUGGGGCCUUCCAGUCGUUAUCGUGGGUGUGACCCUUGCAACUUCCUUUAACAAGUAUGUGGCAGACAACCAUUGCUGGCUGAAUGUUCAGACCAAUGUCAUCUGGGCCUUUGUUGGGCCCGUUCUCUUCAUCCUGGCCGUGAACACCUUCGUGCUGUGCCGGGUGGUGAUGGUGACUGUGUCCAGCGCUCGCAGGAGAUCGAAGAUGCUGACACCCAACAGCAGCCUGGAGAACCAGAUUGGAAUACAGAUAUGGGCCACGGCCAAGCCCAUCCUGGUGCUGCUGCCCGUGCUGGGGCUGACCUGGGUGUGUGGGGUCCUUGUCCACCUCAGCAUCAUUUGGGCCUAUGUCUUCAUCGUGCUGAACUCCCUCCAGGGCCUGUACAUAUUCCUGGUCUAUGCUAUCUAUAACAGCGAGGUGAGGAAUGCCAUCCAGAGGAUGAAGGACAAGAAGAAAGCACUCUCGUUCACAAACUGCUCUCAUCCCAUCAACUACUUAUCAAGUCCAAGAAACACGACCUCCUGGGAGACAGGGAAACUGAGUCCUUCUGCAGCUGAGAGUGCCUUGUCGAGCCCUGGGCAGAAAGACCCUCCAGUGAAGAACAUCACCAACAAAGGAAAUUUUGGAGCCAAAAUUCCCAUGGGGAUUUCAUCAAUUAUGUCACCUGAAAGACCGACUUGAGAGGAAUGCCGAUCCCCUCCGUCCCAGGGCGUUACGGAAAUUGCUGAGUGGUGGUGGGACCCGGCAGCGUGCUAGCACAGCGUGCGUGCUCACCUCCCGAGGGCCAAUCUGGACACACGGCCUGUCUAUCAAAACCAAGAAGGUUUUGAUACACAUCCUGAAGACUCUGGUUUAUUAAAAUGCAUAUUAUUAGCAUGUGUAUUGAUUUAAGUAACUUAAAUGGUUUGGGACGCGUGUUUCCGUGGCCAUAGUGGCCGCUCCUGGUAGCCAAGCCAGAUGCAACUGCGUGUUUGCUGUCAUCCGUAGGAGCAUAAGGUGGAGAGCAAGGCGGGCUGGCAGGCGGGAGCUCCUGCCUUGGCAGGGCUUGGCUCAGGAGGCGAUUGCCUGAACUGGGGCAGCUGCGGGUACACGGCAGAGCGCGUCUUCAGGGGGCAGGAGAGGAGGAGACCCUGGAACGGCCAAUUCCCAAGGCGAGAGCUUGCGCCCGAGCCGAUGUGGCACCAGCCCCGCUGCCGUGCUGGGAGGGUGAUUGUAGCAGGGGCAUACACGAACAGAAGGAGCCAGUGAACUCAGCCAGUAAGGCACCGAGCGGGGGUUGGUACGGAUCCAGGCAGGAGACUUCCCCCAGGACAGCAGAUGAAGAUCGGGCUCGCUGUCCCUGCGCUGGGCAGGCAGGCUGGGUUGUGCUGCCUACAGGAGUGUGAUGUAGAGCUCAGUGAGGUAUGGCCUAAAGCAGGGAACAAUUUAAAUUUGACUACCCUGAUACCACUUCCAUCUCCCACUAUUGAAAUGAUCAUCAGUCCUUGUGCACUUGACAUACAAGUGCUGUAAUUUCCUCAGAAUAAAAUCCAACACUACUUUCAUAUGAGCCUCUCACUGAAGGAUCUCUCUCUCCCUCUCUAAUAUUUAUCCUUUGAAAACCUGUGUCACAUAGACAGCUCUUAUUUAUCCAAUAGAUAAUACUUCUAUAGCUGGCAUAUCGUUUUGAAGCCACUCAAUAAAAUCCAUAUUUUCAUCUCUCAUGAUUUAUAUUGUGGUUAACGCCGUUCCUCCCCUCAUGCUGAAUGCCG